AUGACAUUACCUUCAGAUACACCACAAGAAGUAUUGACUUCACCUGGACCGUUCGAAGGACCUGAAAAAUUAUUAGAAGUUUGGUUCGCACCUUCUUUUGAUCAAUUACCAUCAACAUCCUCAAUAACACCUCCUCAAGAAUACAGAUCAGCUGCCAAUACCCAAGAUGGGGACAUCUCAACAUCCACUUCAAAUGGAACGGCAGAGCUGAAGGGGCUGAGAAAAAUCCCAAAAUAUGUUUGGGAAGAGAUGUUGGAUAUAGUUAAAUGUAAAGUAUUGAGUGUUGUUGAAGGUGAUGAAAUAGACGCUUAUCUGUUGUCCGAAUCAUCGUUAUUCGUCGCACCUCAUUUAGUGAUUCUGAAAACAUGCGGAACGACACUCAACUUAUUAGGGUUAUACAGAAUAAUUGAAAUCGCAAAAGAAUGGUGUGGAUUCACCAAUGUUUGGAGAUGUUUUUACAGUCGAAAAAGUUUCUUCUUUCCUGAAAGACAACAGGGUCCUCACAGAGACUGGAGUGAUGAGGUUAGGUUCUUAGAUACUGUUUUUGGAACUGCCGGAGCUGCAUACACUGUCGGACCGAUGAAUCGAGAUCAUUGGUUAUUAUAUCUCACAUCACCUAACACAGUACCAAACUUAUCUUCAUCAUCCACUUAUUCGUCACCGUCUUCAUCACUGAUCCUUCCUUCACCAACCAAAUCCAUAUCUACAUCCAACCUCGAUGGUAAUACUAGCAUAGAUGUCAACGUCAAGGUCAACGCACCACCAUUCCAACCUGCGAAAUAUCAAGAUACGACAUUGGAGAUAUUAAUGACCCAUCUCGCUCCUUGUGCGAGAGAACAAUUCUUCAAUGAUGAUACAAACGGUACACUCAAGUCAGGGUUAGAAUUAGGUCAAGAAAUCUCAUCAACCUUGGGUAUCGAUAAAUUAUUUCCAAAAGAUGAGACUGUUUUAGAUUCAUUCGGAUUUGAUCCAUGUGGAUAUUCUGCCAAUGCAGUUAUAGGUUCAGGUAUGCCAGAAUCAAUUUCCAAGAAAAAUGGUAAAGGCGGUGGUUAUUUCACGAUUCACGUCACACCUGAAGAAGGUUGGUCAUACGCUUCCUUUGAAUGUAAUGUACCUUUACCGACUUGUUCUCCUUCUCCCUCAUCAUCAUCGUCUUCUUCGUCAUAUCCAACAUCACAGAAUGAAGAUCCAACGAAAAGACCUGAAUUACAAGAGUUGAUCAAAAAAGUCGUAAACAUCUUCCAACCUUCAAGAUUAUCAAUAACCUUAUUCGUUUCUACCCCAGCUUCUUCUUCUACCCUAGACCCCCAAAAGCAAGAUGAAAACCACAAUUCAACGGUCGGAGACACGGAAACUGAACAAAGAGCAUGGCAAUCAUUUGGAACUAAUCUGUUAGGCAAGGAUUUUCAAAGAAAGGAUAGAAUAGGUUAUGAGUUUGACGGAUAUGAUUUGGUAUUCGCUUGCUUUGAGAAGAAAGGUUGGAAAGAACCUUCUAGCUCAGGGGUGAGGAUAGGUGCUCCCAAUGGAGAUGUGUGA